CCGGGCGGCCGUGGGAGGGCGCGCGUCCUGGCGGAGGUGCGAUCCCGGCAGCACGUGUGUCCGGGCGCCCCGGGACCCGGCUGCCGUCACCCGAGACCAGGAGGUCCCUAGCGCUGAGCCGGCCGCGGCUGCGAGGGGCCCUCCACUCGCCUGCCUGAUCUCCGGCCUUGGCCGGCCUGGUAGCUUCGUAGUUGGCCACACUGGCCUUUUUCGCGCUGGUGACUGCCCUUAUUCGAGGGAGGUUUUCGGUGGACGUUAGGGGACCGACAGGGGCUUCUGUGAGGGACCGAGGUUUCCGUGCCCACAGCCCUGUCCUCGCUGAAAAGAGAUUGCAUCAGAGCCCCUGCACCCCAGAAAUGAGUCAGGCCUCGGAAGGCGUCUCGGGCAGCCGAAAUCUCUCCCGAGGGGCGACGCAUCCAACCGGAGAGCGCCUACUGCCCUAACUAGAACUUCAGGGCGAAAACCGCAAAGCUGGGGAAAUGGACACUUCUUAGAGCUGCUGGAGGCUGUGGGAUUUUCCUACCCUCGUGGGUUUGUAGGGGAGGCUUGGUCUGUUUGAUCCAAAGCUCGGUGGAGAGAGGUGAGAGAGGGGCAGCGGGGAGAGACAGGAAAGGCACCUCAGGAGAGGGUGUGCGAAGGUAGCAGGAGCUGAGCAGCUUUUCUCCUACAGUCUUGCUGGACUGGUUAGUCAGUAUCCUGAAAAGUGGACUUGAUUUUCCCGUGGCUUUUUCGCUUUCCCUAACUCAACUUUUCCAGGAGUCUGUCCUUCCUAAGAGGUGGAAAUGACCACGUUCCAGGAACCAGUAACAUUCAAGGAUGCCUCUGUGGACUUCACCAAGGAGGAGCGAGUUCGCUGGACCCUGCUCAGAGGAAGCUCCACAGACCUGUGAUGCCGGAAAACUACAGCCACGUGAUCUCAGUGGGUGUUCUGCUCACAGGGGAAAACCUCAGCUGACUGGGCUUGGACGGAUCUAAAAAGAAUCUGGAUGGAGACUUGAGUGAAAAUUCUGUGGAGAAUCUUCAAGGGAAAGGACUUAGGUAUCUAUUACAUGAAGAGCUUCCCUGCUGGCCAGUUUUGGAAGAGAUGGCCAGUACAGUAACUGGGAGUCAGGAUUAAAUUGUGACUCUUCAAGGGGAAGUGUACAGGAACCCUGAACUAGAUCUUUCCACCCAUCAAAAGUGGGGAGAAGCAUCUCCUUAUAUUUCUAGAAACAAGAGCAAUGUGGUAAUCCCUCAAAGUGAUGAUUUAUGAAACAUGGAAAGGAGAGAAUAUUUGUCUUUGAAAGUACCAAACCCAAUGGCCACACCAGACUCCUCAGUGACGUCCUGUAAGAAUGAGCCCCAGGACCCUCAGGAAAACAAAAGUCUGUUUGAAGGAGGCACCAAGAGAAAGGUGACAGGCAGAAAGAGUCCUCCCAUCGACCACUUUUCAGAGAACCUUCAAACCAAACCGGUGUCUGAUGUAACAGAAGAAGUCUCGCCGUUGUGCAAAAGUGAGGCAGUUUGCCAGAAUGGCCAGUUGAAAGAAUCUUCAGAUGCCUUGGACGGUAACCGCAAAGACACUUACGGUUGGAAGUCCCAGGUGGUUGGCCUUAGUCAUCAGAGAGCUCGUUCGGAGGAGAAGCCCAUCAUUACCCAGCAUGACUGUGGGAAAAUACGCACCACCAGCCCAGAUGGUCACCCCAGUGAGAAAAUCCACACGGCAGAGAAACUGUACAGGUGUAGUCAGUGUGGUAAGGACUUCAAUGAGCGCUCCGAACUCAUCUUUCAUCAGAGAGGCCACACAGAAGAAAAGCCCUACAGAUGUGAUCAGUGCGGUAAGGGCUUCACCCGGAGCUCGAGUCUCCUCAUCCAUCGCGAAGUCCACGCAGACGAGAAACCUUAUAAGUGUGACAAGUGUGGGAAGGGCUUCACGAGGAGUUCGAGUCUGCUCAUCCACCACUCGGUCCACACAGGCGAGAAGCCUUACAAAUGUGACAAGUGCGGGAAGGGCUUCAGCCAGAGCUCCAAGCUGCACAUCCACCAGCGAGUGCACACGGGUGAGAAGCCCUAUGAGUGCGGGGAGUGCGGUAUGAGCUUCAGCCAGCGCUCUAACCUGCACAUCCACCAGCGCAUCCACACCGGGGAGAGGCCCUACAAAUGUGGAGAGUGCGGGAAGGGCUUCAGUCAGAGUUCCAACCUGCACAUUCACCGGUGCAUACACACGGGGGAGAAGCCUUACCAGUGCUAUGAGUGUGGCAAGGGCUUCAGCCAGAGCUCAGACCUCCGCAUCCAUCUCAGAGUCCACACCGGAGAGAAGCCAUAUCACUGCGGCAAGUGCGGGAAGGGAUUCAGCCAGAGCUCCAAGCUCCUCAUCCACCAGAGAGUCCACACCGGAGAGAAGCCCUACGAGUGCAGCAAAUGUGGGAAGGGCUUCAGCCAGAGCUCCAACCUCCACAUCCACCAGCGGGUUCACAGGAAGGAUCCCCAUUAAAUGAGGUCUUCAGUCACAUGCUCGUGCUCUGAAGACUUAAAUGUUUUUAACAUCACUCUUACUUUCAUAUUCUCAGGAGUAGUAAGAGCUGUUCAGAUAUGUUCUCUCUCUGAAAAGCAUUCAUUUAAAGUAUUUAAGCAUAAGUACCAAGCACUUUGUUAUUCUGUACAGUGAAUUGAUUGUUCUUUUUCCUUAGUUGGGUGCAGUGAAAACGUCUGUACUUUGCUGUUCAGCCAGUGUUACCAGAACUCCAUAUCCUACCGAGUAUUUUCAAGUGUAAGAACCUUAUAUUUGUCCAAGCAGAACACGUUUCCCUUUGUUCACGUUCUCUGAGAAACUGGAACUUUGCUUUCUCUUCAAA